CUCUGAUUGGCUCGCUGGCCAACCACUCCAAACAAUUCCCCUUGACAACAAUCAACCCAUGUAGCAGUCGCCGCGGAGUCAUCAUACAUCGGGCAAAAUUAAUCUUAAUUCGACAACUACAUUAAGCUUCUUCACUCAAGAUUUGAAGGCAACAACUGGCAGUCUUCAGAGGACUCAUCCAGAGAUUCAACAAAAUUAUUAAAGCUUCAAAAUUCAAAGGAAAAAAUUCAGAUGACUUGUUGGAGCUUCGUUUGAUUUUUUGAUGCAACAUGCACCAAAUUCUGGGAAGGGAACAUGUUUUUUUAAGAAGAAAUGACGUUUGGAUAAAGACACUGACAUGAUUCAGCUGGGAAUGGCUAAUAUAUAGGUAUCGCUGACAUGAGCUAAGUCCCACCUUGCUGCCUAGGUAUCCCCUUGGCAGGAUGACUGCUGUCUUUCCCUCAGAGAACAGCCCAGACGGGGCUGAAGCAGGGGCAGCGGGAGCAAUAGGGAAUAGCUCCGUUUCCGGUGUUGACACUGGGGAAUCCAAUGUAGAUUCUGCGGGAGGUUCUUUUGGAGGUACAGUGGUCACAGCCCAUGGCCAGAGGUACACGCGCUGCAGCACCCAGGACAGCUCAGACAUAAACACAGAUGAUGAAGGAGCGAACGUCCGCCGCCUUACACCGCUGGAGAAACUCAACCUGGAUAUGUGCCAGGAUGAGAGGGUGGUCCGUGAACUUGCAGUGGGCAGAAGAAUAAGCUUUUACAAAAUUCGAGGAGAGCUUGGCUGUGGAAAUUUUUCCCAUGUCAAGCUGGGAAUUCAUGCCCUCACCAAAGACAAAGUGGCCAUCAAGAUCCUUGACAAGACAAAGUUGGAUCAAAAGACCCAGCGCUUGCUGUCCAGAGAGAUCUCCAGCAUGGAGAAACUACAUCACCCUAACAUCAUACGCCUCUAUGAGGUGGUGGAGACAUUGUCACGGUUACACCUAGUGUUGGAGUAUGCUGGUGGAGGAGAACUCUACAGCAAAAUCACCACAGAGGGGAAGCUUUCUGAUGCUGACAGCAAAAUUGUAUUUGCUCAGAUCCUGUCUGCUGUUAAACACAUGCAUGAAAACAACAUAAUUCACCGAGACUUGAAGGCGGAAAACGUUUUCUACACCAGCAUUUCUUGCGUUAAGGUGGGUGACUUUGGCUUCAGCACUUUGAGCCGUCGUGAUGAAACGCUCAACACUUUCUGCGGCUCCCCACCUUACGCUGCCCCUGAGCUCUUCCGUGAUGAAAAUUAUGUGGGUGUCUUUGUGGACAUCUGGGCCUUGGGAGUGAUGCUAUUCUUUAUGGUGACGGGCACCAUGCCGUUCAGGGCAGAUACUGUGGCUAAACUCAAGAGAUGUAUUCUUGAAGGUGCCUUUACAAUGCCCUCCUGGCUUCCAGAGACAUGCCAAAAACUGAUCCGUGCGAUCCUCCAACCAUUACCGACUGACCGUUGCUCUAUAGAACAGGUGAUGAGCAGUGACUGGCUGCAACAUGUCGACUUCCCUCGGCCCAUGGAGCCCUUCAAGCUGGAGCCAUCUCACCUUGUAGAAAAGAAUCCUUCUGAGCUGGGGGUGGAGGAAAUGGAAGUAAUAACAGCACUAGAGACACUUGGCAUAACCUCAGAACACAUCCUGAACAAUCAGGGAAAGGACUGCAGGAGUUCCAUCACAGGAGUUUAUAGAAUCCUGCUGCAUGGUGCACACAAGAAGCACACUGUAGAGAGCAUGCCAACAGCCACGCAGGUACCUGGACCAAAAGCGACGAAAAAGGAGCGUUUAAAGGUGUACCGUAGUUUACGGCACACAUCCAAACUCUGUGUGAUUCUGUGACAUAAUGCUCAGGUUGAUGCUAGAUAUUAUUUAUACAGUAAGACAAUAUUUUGAUUUGAAAAGUGAAUGUCCAGCAGUAGGUUAAAACAUUAAAAACACGCUACUCCCUGCAUUCGAAAAAUGAAAUCUAGGAUUUCAUAUUAUUCAUUUAGUGAGUGAAAUUAGUCUCUGUGAGAAUGUUGCUGAUUGAAUUGUCUCAUCUUUUGACAGAGACUUCUUAAUGCACAAGAUUUGGAGAACAUUGAAUGUGAUGUACUUAGUCUUUGGCUGGAUGAAUGUAUCUGACACUAGGCUUGGCAUGAUUUAGCACUUAUCUUCCUUAUAAUAAUAAUAAUCACUCUAAAACAAUAAUCACUUUAGAAUGUGCAAAGGCUUGUAUGCACAUACUUCAGGGUAAACUUUCCAUUUCCAAUGUCGUUAGAGAUGCUUCGCUGCCAUCUUGCCUGAUGUAUCUCUACGAGAUGUCCCACAGGUCCUUAGCCUGUCAGGGAAAGCCAAUAAAUGACUUGGAAUUUGUUUUGACUCAACUUUGAAUCUUCUGAUCGUACCCAUACCCUUGCUCAUAACUGACUAAAAAUUAACCUGUUAUAAACAGUGUUGUUAAUAACGGCGUUAGAAUAUAACGGCAUUACUAACGGCAUUAUUUUCUUCAGUAGUGAGUAAUCUAAUUAAUUACUUUUCUCAUCUUGGCAAAGCCGUUACCAUUACUGAGGCGGGAAAGGCGUGCGUUAUUAUGCGUUACGAUGUUGGUUGACUGAUGCGAGAAAAGUCUGAAAA